AUGAAGCUUAAUUACUGGUGUAUACUGUUGUUCAUUAUAUUUUUCUCUAACGAAGUAUCAACGUUGAGAACGCGAAGGAACGCAUCAAUCAUUACCACAACCCCUACUACAGACGAAGACGAUGAAGAUUGGGACGAACCCGAAUCGUCAGAAAUCGACGAUGAUGGUAAAGUAUACAAAAAUCCCAGAAACUCUCCCUCUACUGAGUGUCCAAGAGACGAAGAGCAAGCCACCUUACUUGGCCAGAAAUGUCUAAGAAAAUGUUCUUCGGACGAAGACUGCAAAAGCAAGAAGAAAAAGUGCCUUUGUGACGGUUCAUGUGGAUUGUCAUGCAUCAAACCAGAUCGUGAAUGUCCUGACCCUGAACCCAUAGCUGAUGGAACGGUCACGGCUAGUGGUAAAUUAUUUGGUGCUAAAGCUACGUACACGUGCCAGCACGGUUAUCACGUAGUAGGCCUACAAAGUCGAAACUGUCAAGCAGAUGGCCAAUGGGCUGGAAGCGCACCUGCCUGCAAGCAAAACGUCUACUGUUUGACACCACCCUCCAUCGACCAUGCUCGACACAACGCUCCAGCAGAGCAAUCCACGUUUGAUUUGGACUCAACUUUGCAGUAUUACUGUCAUACUGGGUACGUUACCAAUGGGUUUCCGCGAGCCAAAUGCUUAGCGGUAGAACACCAAGCCUCUUGGUACGGCCCAGAUAUAGCAUGCGAACCAAGGUCAUGCGGCCCUCCGACUGAUAUAUCCCAUGGUUGGCACGCUGGUGAGUGUUACACCUUUGGGUGCAGGAUAACGUACCACUGUGCCGAAGAAUACGAACUUGUCGGUAAAAACGAAAGGUUCUGUCAAUCUGACGGCGUUUGGUCUCCAAAGGAACUACCCACAUGUGUUCGUCGUUGUUGUAUAGUGGUUACAGCGGUUCAGUGCCCGCCUCCGGACAAUCCAAGACACGGAAAAGCUGUGUACACGUCUUGUAGCUACAACUCCGUCGUGAGCUACGAAUGCAAAUACGGCUAUACGCUGAUUGGCGAAAGCACCAGGAGAUGUGGUGCCGAUAAGAAGUGGUCGGGAAGUCAACCGGUUUGUAAAGAGAUCAAUUGCGGUCACCCAGGAAGACUUUGGAACGGUUGGUUGGAAAACAUUGAAGCUGGUACUGGUCUGGGAGCGUCUAUCAUUUUCAGAUGUCACGAUGGAAUGUAUCUAGAAGGAAAUACAUCUACCGUUUGCCAGAUAGACGGUAAAUGGAGGUAUCCUCUACCAAAAUGCCUAGCACCAUGUGUAGUACCACAUGUAACCCAAGGUAAAGUUAUUCUAAUUGGUAGAAACGAAACGGCGAUGACAUCAACUGUGGUUCAACAUGGCGAAGCUCUAUCUGUAGACUGCGAGCAACACUAUGAGUUUUUGGCAAAUCUGGCUCCGGUGACUUGUAACAAUGGUACUUGGACAUCGAUGCCAAAAUGUGACCCAGCAAGAUGCAAAAUUCUUCCAAAGGCUCCAAGAAAUGGUAUGGUUAUUGCUCCAAAGAUGGAACACGGUAUGAAAGCAAGAUUUAGAUGCAAAGACGGUUUUGAGGUGAAAGGAGGCGAUUUAAUGGAAUGCUCGUUUGGAAAUUGGACAGGGGAUAUUCCAAAAUGCGAGGAAGUCUACUGUCCAUAUCCAGGUGAAGUAAUGAACGGGAAGAUCCUAUUAGUGGGCAACAUGGGUUUGUAUGACUACCGUCCAUACGUACGCAAGGUGAUCAAUAACAAACAAAUUAUGUAUGACUGCCAAAAAGGCUAUUUUCUGGCCGAAGGCCCCCCAGGAGCCACCUGCAUCGGUGGUAACUGGAGCCCGAAAGAGUUACCGAAAUGUCUUUUAGGUCAACAUCCUAGGAUAAGAUGGAACAGAAGAAAACGUUCUGCUAUCAUGGAAAAGUAUAAGCGGGCGUUCAUCAGGAAUCAAAGGUUCAUUUACGGCGGCAGAGAGAGAAGGCAUGUUCAUAAUUAUCUUCAUCUGGUCAAGGAGAAUUCUCUAUUACAUAGAAGAAAGAGGAGCGUUUUGGAAAAGCCAUUGUUUCAAAGAGUAGCUGAAGUAUUGAAUGUUUUUAGUAGGAUCAGGAGGAAGAGGGCACUUAAAGGAGGCGGUGGUAGUAGAGCUCUAGGAACAGCCCACAGAGGCUCAAGUUCCAGCUUGAACCUCCGAAGAGGUAAUCGAAAGCAAUACGAAGACGAAGAAGACGAACAGCCGAUCAAUCAAGUGGUGGAACCUAAAAGUCCAAAACCGAAGAACAAGGGGCCCUGUGAACCGUUAUCCAGUGAACCAUACGUGAAUAUCGAGGUGGUGAAGUAUGGUAAAGAUGCUAAUGUCACUUUUAGUGCCGGCACGAUUAUUAAAAUGGCGUGCGGGAAGGGUUAUGGAUUGAAUAUGCCCGAAAACAAGACUGCCAAAUGUGUCAGAGGAAAAUGGAGACCAACGAAACCAAUGUGUUUGAUAUUACCGUGUUUCGUGCCUCUUACCCCGUUCGGUAUCUAUAAAUUAUCUAAAUCGGAGAUAACCUCAAAUAUAACGUUCGACGUUGAUCAACCCCUGAACGAAACUGUCGAUAUAGAGAACGGACAAGUCGUAGAGUUUUCUUGCGAAGACGGUUAUCAAGUCCAAGGUCCGAGGAACUUGAGGUGUUGGCACGGCGAUUGGGCAGUCACCAGUUUUCCAGAAUGCACUCCAG